AUGUCACUGGAGAUCAGGUGCUGCCUCAGAGAUGGCAAGUGGAGCAGGAGGCAGAACAUGUUCCUGGAGGUAAAGUGUGACCCGCUGGCUGUGGAAGAGCAGCUGUACAUCACUGGUGCAGGAAGGGAUCCCCGUAUAAUUCCUCCUGCACCUGCAAUGGGCUACAUGCAGCUCUGGUUCCCUGGAGCAGGUGGCGAGCUCGCUGGUGCAGAGCGCGCCUCCUGCGUCUCAGGCUGUGUCUGGCAUAUGGUCGCAUUGACCGAUCAGUUACGCAGAGGGCGGCGACGGCGGCGGGAAGGAGCGGGCGGCGUCGCUCCCCGCCCCACGGGCGGCCCCGGGCCGUCGGUCCGGCCCCCGGGGGCGGACAACGCCCCCGGCCCUCACGCCGCGGCCGGGCCCGCCGCCCGUGGCAUUUCCUCUGAGCUCACUCCGCCGGCUGACGCGGCGCCGCUUCCCUCGGAAGAGGAAGGCUCGCAGCGGAGCGGCGGCGGCGGCAAGAGGCAGGGGGGGCGUGCGGCGACGGGGCGGGGGGUAGCGGCGCGGCCCGCGCUGGGGGCGGCCGGGGCGGAGGAGGGGGGCGGCGGCGGCGGGGGCGGGCGCUCCUCGCCCGCGGGGCCGGGCGGCGGCCACCCCCGUGGGCCGACCCCCCGCCGCGCCCUGCCCGUCUACACCCUCAACUUACGGUUCGUGUGGCCGCUGGUGACCGGCGUCUGCACCGCGCUCCUCUGCCUCUACCAGGCCCUGCGGGGCGGCGCGGCCGGGGAGGGCGCGGCGGAGGCGGGCUCCGUCCCGCUCCUCAAGGGCUCGGCGCUGCUGCUGCUGGGCUGCCUGCUGGCCCGCUGCUGCGGCGGCGGCGGCCCCAGGCCCGGCGGGGUCCGGGCGGCGGCGGCGGCGGCGGGGUCGCGGCGCAGCGCCCUGGAGAGCUUCUACGGGCGGCAGCUGCGGCUCUCGCCCCAUGUGCUGGGCCACAGCAAGGCGCACGUCGGGCGCGUCGUGGCCGAGCUGGUGCGCGCCGCCAAGGCGCAGGGGCUGCAGCCCGGCCCGCUGGCCCUCAGCCUGCGCGGGGACUUCGUCCGCAUCGGCAGCGCCUACGAGCAGCACAAGGUGCGCAGCCCCGACUGCUUCGACAUCCUGGUGCCCCUGCGGCUGCCGCCACACCUGGAGCCCCAGCCGCGCUCCGCCGAGGGGCUGGGGACACGCGGCGCCUUCGUCUGCGGCCUGCGGGCGAGGGCCAGCUGGCCGCGCCGCUACCGGCCCUUCGCCGAGGGCUUCUGCGUGGAGCUGCAGGGCCGCAGCCACCUCUCCUCGGGGCUGGUGCUGCGCUGGUUCCAGGGCCACCUGCAGCGGUGCCUGGGCGCUGUGCGGUACCGCCUGCAGGAGCGCUGCCGCAUCAGCCUCUCGGCCUGCCCCGGGCACCCGCCUACGCUGCACAUCCUGCCCUGCUCCGACUAUGUCUGCUGCCACAUCUCCAUGGCCGUGCGCCUCAUCCCCGCCAUCCCUCUCGGCGACGCGCUCUACCUCACGGCCCUGCCGCCCGAGGGUCUGCAGGGCCCCCUGGCCCCCGAGGCCCUCUGGGGCCUCAACGCCUCGCGUCAGGAGCAGCGGCUGCUGAGCUGGCUGAAGGAGCAGGCCCCGGCCUCCUCCUGCCACCUCAAGUGCCUGCAGAUCCUCAAGGGCCUGCGGGAUCUCCGCGGACAGGGCCUGGAGGAGCCCUUCAGCUCCCAAUGGGGCCGGGUGCUCUCCUCUUACGUGCUGAAGACGGCCCUCUUCUCCCUGCUGCUGCAGGGGCCCCUGGAGGCCUGGGAUGAGCGGUUCCUGGUGGAGCGGCUGGAGGACCUGGUGCUGUACCUCAGGGACUGCCUGCGCAAGCAGGUGCUGAUGCAUUUCUUCCUGGGCAACGCCAGCCUCCCCGAAGCCGUGGCGCUGCCCCGAUUCCUCAAGGAAGCCACCCCCGUGAACUUGCUGGCAGCCUUCGACGGGGCCACGCUGGACCUGGCCGCCUUCCAGCUGAUCAACACCUGGUUCCAGGCCCCGCACAUCAUCAGGAUGUACAGCAGCCCCCGGUACCUGCGACCAGCGCCCACCCCGUGCCGACAUGCUGCUGAGGCCAGGCAGGAGCCACUGGGAGAGUGAGUCAUUGGCCGGGUGAGCUGGUGUCACCCACGGACACUGCCAGGGCAGCGGGUGCUCCCAGCCUGCCCGUCUGUUGAGAGCCCACGUCUGCCUGGGGAGGGUGGGACUGUUUAAAUGUGGUUCUGUGGUUUUGUCCCUGACCUGAGAAAACUAGGAAACCAGAGGCCAAGACUUAAAGAAAUUGUGAUUCUUGUUUUUUAAUCUCGUUGGUCGUUCAUGGGAAAAUUGUGAAAUUUCUGGGGAAAUGGCUUAGACAAGAAGCCUUACAUACGGUUGACUGUUUGCAAACAUAACUUUAACAGCCUCAGACUGACAUUUCUGGAAAUCCAUGUUAACUUGUUGUCUUAGUGGCAAAAUUGACCUUUUUCUGAGAUUUGCUUUUUAUGAUACAAAAUCCAUUUGGGAUUUAAAAGUCCUAUAAGUGCAAACACCCCCCCACACCCCACAAUGUACCAAGGCGCUCUUAAAAUGCGAUGAGCACUAGAGCAUGGGUGUUGAUCACAGUUUGAAAUGCUCAAUGACAUGCUUUAAAUUUCCUGUGUAAUUGAAUACAUCGUGCUCAAUAGAAAUAUAUUGCGCAUGUUAACGUAAGAUUGAGGGAAGAUGCAAAACCUCUCCGAUAAGAGCAUGAAGAACCUAGUUGCGCGUUUCUGUGUUCAAGUGAAGGUUAUACUGAAGGAUUGAAAUAUAGAUAAAAGGAAACAAAUAGCACUUUAUUUUCACAAAGGCCUUCUUUUUAGGAUAAUUGGCUGCACUAAAUACUUGCUAUGGAGGAGGCAUUAGUAUUUUGUUAAAGGGAUGAUUUUGAAUCAUCCUGAGGAAAACCUUUUAAGGAAAUACUGAGGUUCAUUUAUUUGUGGGUUCUUGUUGAGACUUUUUUUUUUCCUAGCUUUGAGUAUUAUUUUGUUAGAAUUUGCUUUACCUCAAGGACCAACAACAAAACAAAGAAAUUCUGGGGUUUGUUUUGUUUUGUUUUUUUCUUUGGAACAAACUUAAACCAGUCCAAAUCUCAGUGCCGUAAGCUGACUGCUGCGCCCUCCGGCUCUCUGGUCGGAGUUUGGUGGGAUGUUUGGAUGACUGCCUGACCAGUUGUCUGAUUGUGGCAGUGUUCUGACCAAAUAACCUGAUGGGAUUUUCUCGUGCUGUGCUAUAGCAAAUUGUUGCCUUAUUGUGGGGAGGAUGAAGUGAAAUAUUUCAGGGUACUCCAAAAUUAUUUAGCUCUAAUUCAUGGUACAGUGGCAGUCUUAGGCUAUGGAUUCUGAUGUUCUCUAAAUAUUCCGCUUCUUGCAUGGUGAUAUCCCAGUUACUGGAAUAACUCGGCGAGUCGUAACACAGCCAGCUCUGCAAGUGACCAUAGCUCCUGGUGCUGGUACCUGGGGUACAGGAACCUGAUGUGUCCCAGGGUGUCAGCAAAUUCAGAAUUUCAAAUUCUUGCUUUAUUGGGUCACCUGCUCAAGUAUUUUAUAUAUUAAGACCCAAAAUGUGUUACUGAGUUGCUGGCACUCAGGAAACUGAGCGUGUGCCUUGUUACCCACUGUACCGUGUCCUAGGUGAGUGGUCUGAAAUGAAUUACAAAUGACCGCGUGUAACUUCUGGGAAGCUUUAGGAUAACUUGAAGUUACUAAUAUACUUCUUCUCUCCCUGAUGUAUGUAAAGAUACCGGUGUGUUUUAUUCACAGUUCUAUGCACCAGAGCACAAAACAAACUUUUACAAAAUCUAUAGAGAUCUAUUUUUCUAAAUAGAAACACUCCCUAGGCAGAUGUUUGCCUACUUCUGUGUAUUUUUUUAACUGCUCUUGCAGUCUUAUUUUCAGGUAAUUGUAGCCUAGGUCACACCCGCAAGUUGGGUUAUUUUUAUAAAUGAAGCACUGUGCUUCUUUCUACAAAUACAGAUAGUGUAUUUAUAGGUAGUAUUGAUCAAAUGUUCUUUGCACAUGGUAUUUAAGGCUAAGUGAGCUACCUUGGUGUUUUGAUUUUUUUUCAUGGUGGUAGACCAUGACACAUACUAUUUUUGCAGACUUGCGUUUCUUGGUGUUUGAAAUAAAAUGGAAUUCUGCAAUCGAUGCCAUUGAAUCUUUUGCCCAAAGAAGGACUAGAUGACCGGCCCAGGGUAUUGUGGCUGCCUGAACUCUUGACAUAAAAACCCUUUAGCUGUUAAUUCUGUCAUCAUAACCACUUCAGUCAGCUGUCGGUUUGUUUACAUCACUGUGCAUCCCUGUCUCUGAAAAGUGAUCUUUUAUCUGAAGAAGAGAUGCAUGUUUGGUGUGUAUUUGGUAUUGCUGCAAUACAUGGAAAUCUAGUAGAUUUGGUAAGGACUUUCUCACUAAAAUGUAGUAAUACCAGGAAAAGACCGUUGCAUCAGGAAAUGCAUGACAAGGAGAGAUGGUGGAGAAUACAAAUAGCUUAGAAGAUGAAAGUUGGGUUGAGGGGUGAGUGAGAAUGAUGGUAAACUCUCAGUGAAGACGUGCUGCAAACAAGCCAAAGGACGUGGGGAUAAAAUUGGAUGAGAAUUAUUGAAAGCAAGGCACGUUUGGAGUGUGGGGAGGAGAGAUUUACGUGGGUUUUGCUUUGGCAGUAUUUCCAAAUAUUUUCCAAAGUGGUUGAAUCCAUCAGGGCUGAACAGUGAGGCAAACCCUCAGUUUAUUAGCCAUGUAGGCAGAUCUUCAGUGUGAGUUUUUGCUCAGCAAGGCAGUUUUGAGUUUGUGGUGGCCGGUGAUGGGAGACAAUGUAUGUGUUUGCUUUAACAUUAGGCUUGGGCAAGCCUUCUUGAGGAGGGGGCUUCCUGCCAGUAAGGCAGGGUGCGCGCAAGUGGUGGGAGGUCUGAGAAGAUCUCUUAGACUAACUUGUGGCUUGCUUGCACAACUGAGAUAUUAAGUAUAUUUUCUUUAUCUGCUAUAAAGCAUGCAUUCAUGAAUACGAUUGACAAAAGGAGCUGAUAAAGUUGGGUUCUGUUAUGGUAUUCCUCUUACUCCACAACAAACGUGACAGCACCGGUACCCGCAGCGUCCCGGGGCUGUUAUAGGGCCUUAUCUACAAAGAGGUGUACAGACAGCUUGACCUGCAUGAGUAAUCCCGUGGGCCUUUUGCCUUCUCCCUCUUCUCCCAGCCCAUGGAUACUGUACACAGAACAAGGUUAUGAAUACCUAUUUGUUUAACAGCAUAACUGUUAUAGUGUAUCGUAGGUUCAGCAUGGUUGCCUCUGUGCGUGUAAACUGAAACACAAACACAGAAGAAAGCGCGCGUUAUUUAGCACUAAUGUGGGUUCUCGGUUCUCUUUAUCUGCAAGCUCAUUUUCCAAAGACUGUGCAAAUGAAGUUGUUUUUAUUGAACAUUGAUUUGGAAGAGGAGUCAGACCUGCAAGAGAAUAAGUUUAUUUACAGUACCAAAAUGCAUAUAUGUGACUUCAUUUUGUAUUGAAAAACGUUAUGUAUUUCUCAAAGACAUCAUUAUUUCUUAUCUGACUAAAUAUCUCGAAAACAUUCCUCUUGAUUUUGAAUCUCUGCUGAGUAAUGUAAAUUUUAAGUGUCUUUUUGCAAUGGACAUUCUUGGUACAACUAUUUUUUGCUGGUUAAUAAUCAGACCAAAGAUUAAACUAAAGUGUGCAGCUGCUAUUGUUGUUUUUUUUUUCUUUAAAAAAAAAAUUAGAGGCUCAAAGUGUCAGCCCAUUUUAAUUAAACAUUUAUAAAUUCAUUUCCUAUUUAAUAUCAAAAUACAUUUGCACUUUUACUGUUUCUAUUAGAAGUUGGUGGU